UUUGGUAUGAGCUAAAAAAGCUGUUAGCAUUUUGCAUUAUGGGAAGGUCAUCAAGUGAUUUUGAGUUUUGGGAAGAAACGUUACCGAUUGAUCGUCGUAGUUGUGGUGAUUCCUUUGAAGGUCAAAGGCUUGUUGAAGAUCAAGAGGGAGCUUAUUCUCCUCCUCUAUGGACAAGAGCGCCGGUUGAUUGCAGGCGUGAAACGUCCCCUUUGCUGCCAUGCAGACAUGAGUACAGCUGUCUGUCUCCAGUGUCACGAUUGAGGGCCAUUGUCGAUGGUAGACGGGAGCUCAUGGAGAUGAUCCAAGACUUGCCAGAAUCUUCGUACGAACUGACACUGAAAGACAUAGUUGAUGAUCAGCAAAACAUGGAAGAAGUGCAGGAGAAGAAAGUGAUAGUAGAAGGAAAGAAAGUAGAGCAUAAAACAGAAAGCAGACUGCAGAAUAGUCGGAAAACCAAGAAUAGGCAAAUAUGCAGGACUGAGAGCAUGGAGAGUGAGGUUUUCUUGCUAAAGAUGUUCUUACCUGCGUCUCUGAGUUCCAAGAAGAAAUCUGAGGCAAGAAAACAUCCAAAACCCUGUCCCAGGAAAUCACUGGAGGGAUCUGAGAAACGAGCAGCUAAAGACUGGUGGAAGAUGAUAUUUGUAGCUGUAAAAGAUAAGCGGAACGCUACAAGUAUCAGCAGAAGCACAAGUGAUAUCAGUAGCAAUAGAACCAGUUUGGCAGAGAAUACCAUGAUGUCUUCCCAGUGGUCCUUCAGCAAGGAGAACUGCAAGUCAAGAGGACAAAGGGGGUGCCUGUUCUGAACAUGUUCGACAGAGUUGCAGAAGACGAUCAUUGGAACUCGCAAAACAAGGAGUAUAUGUGUGGGGUUUUUUAACACCCAAAUGCCCAAAGCUUAAGGAACUGUGCACUUCGCAUGGAAUCUUGCCAGAGAAAAAGGGAAUUCAGAGUGACAUUUACUUGUAAUUUCAAAAAUUAUACCAGCAGUUUGCAAGCACACUGUUAUAUGUACGAACCAAUAGUCAAAAUUACAAACUGGGAGGAGCAAACAAGUUUCAAUUUCAAAA